AGGCAUUUUUUCGCAAUUAUUUUUCCGUAAGGAUAUUUGAUAUUUGAUUAAAAUCGACUAAAAUCGUUUUGGUAGAAUUAUUGUUUUCACUAAAAAAAAAUUCGAAAAAGAUAUUAUAUAUAUAUAAUUCAUUUAAAAGAUAUCCAUAAAAAAAUAUAAUUGGAGAAAACAUAUUGAAAAACAACGUGAUAAAACAAAAAUAACCAUAAAUAUUCUAAUUCUAUUCAUUCAUCAUGGGCUGUACUAUGAGUGCCGAAGAAAGGCAAGCUAUUGAGAGGAGUAAGCAGAUCGAAAAAAAUUUAAAAGAAGAUGGAAUUCAAGCAGCCAAAGAUAUCAAACUGUUAUUGUUAGGUGCUGGUGAAUCUGGGAAAAGUACAAUUGUCAAACAAAUGAAAAUCAUUCAUGAAUCUGGGUUUACAGCGGAAGAUUACAAACAAUACAAACCAGUAGUUUACAGUAACACCAUACAAUCUUUAGUUGCAAUUUUGAGAGCCAUGGGAACACUGAAUAUUCCAUUCGGUAACAGCGAUCGAGAGACUGACGCAAAGAUGGUUAUGGAUGUAAUAGGUAGGAUGGAGGACACGGAACCAUUUUCAGAAGAAUUAUUAAAUUCAAUGAGAAGGCUCUGGGUUGACUCGGGUGUACAAGAAUGCUUUUCCCGUUCCAACGAAUAUCAGCUUAAUGAUUCCGCUAAAUACUUCUUAGAUGAUUUAGAAAGAUUAGGUGCCAAAGAUUACCAGCCCACUGAACAAGAUAUCUUGAGAACACGUGUUAAAACAACAGGGAUAGUCGAAGUUCAUUUCUCUUUUAAGAAUUUAAAUUUCAAAUUGUUUGAUGUGGGUGGUCAAAGGUCAGAAAGGAAGAAAUGGAUACAUUGUUUCGAAGAUGUCACUGCAAUAAUCUUUUGUGUAGCUAUGAGUGAAUAUGAUCAAGUUUUACAUGAAGACGAGACUACAAAUCGUAUGCAAGAAAGUUUGAAACUGUUCGAUUCCAUCUGCAAUAAUAAAUGGUUUACGGAUACCUCCAUCAUCCUAUUCUUAAAUAAAAAAGAUUUGUUUGAAGAAAAAAUUAAAAAAUCCCCCUUGACUAUCUGUUUCCCCGAAUAUACAGGAGCUCAAGAUUACACCGAGGCCUCGGCCUACAUCCAAGCCCAAUUCGAGAGCAAAAACAAGAGCCCAAACAAAGAAAUAUAUUGCCAUAUGACUUGUGCCACUGACACCAACAAUAUUCAAUUCGUAUUCGAUGCGGUCACCGAUGUCAUUAUUGCUAACAAUUUGAGAGGGUGUGGUCUUUACUAAUACACCAAAAUUUUAUCUCACGCCUAGUUCUAAUGAAAAAAAAUCAUUAUUUUUAAUUCAUUCUCAAACACUGUAUCCCAUCCAAAAUUACUAUUUUGAGGGGGAAAUCCACACACCUCUCGCAUCAUUAUAUAAAAAAACUAUACGUGUUGUAUAUCAUAAUGUAAUUAGAUAUUGUAUAAUUCAUUUCUAACAAAGAAGAUAAGUUGUUUGUUUAGAAGGUAACAAAUUUGUAUUUCAUCAUUUUUAUAGAUCUGAGAUUUAACUAUAACUUUUUUGUAAUUAUAAAUAUUAAAAAUGUGGUGAUUAAAUUAUUAUUAAAAAAAUGAUAUAAAUAUUUAUAAACACCAAAGAUAUUUUUAAAUUAGUAUGUAAAAUAAUUUUAUUUAAAAAGUGGCAUCUAAUACCAUCGUACGUAAUCUUUUUUAUUGAUUUCAUUUAUAAUACCUAAUUCUCUUUGUGCAAUGUUAGUCAUAUUAUAAUUUAUUAUGUACCUUUCUAAUUUUUAAAACAAAUCUUUCAUUUUAUUUACAAUUCGUUUUUGAAACAUUAUCAUAACCUUGAUAAUUUUUCAUAUUAACUGAUUUAUAUAAAUAAUAUUUAAAUGUUUAAGACUGCAAAAUAGUUUGAUAAAUUUAUUUUUCUACACACUAUUUAUUUUAAAAACUAUUAUUUAAGGUUAAUAAUUCACUAAAAGCCUUAUAUUUUAAUGUCCUGAUUUUUUUUUGCUAUUAUUUCCAAUACAUUUUACCAAAUUAAUUUAUUUUUUCGAUAACGAUUUAUAAAUGAAAAUGAUAUAGCUUUUAUAUAAUAUAAUUGUUUUAUUAUAAAUUAAAUAAAAAAUUUAAUAUACAAUUUUUUUUUCUACACAAAAUUUUGGAAUCUAAUAGUCUGUAUUUGGUCUGGGAUUUUAUCCGAUGGAUCAGCCUCAAAGCUCCAAAUCCGAUCCAGCAAGAAAAAAAUGCAAAUAAGUCAGAGUCCGGUCAUAAAAAUUUGUUAUUCGUUUUUUUCACAUUACGAAUAUUAAUAUAUCAUCAAAUGAACACGAAAAAUUAAUUAUUCGAUUCCAAUUCGAAUAUUUAUAUUUUUUUUUAAAAAAAACAUAAAUUUUAUGCACAUGCUAAUCAAUAAACAUUAAUUUUUUUGGUUUAAAA